CAGCGACCGGAAGUGCUACCCCUCCAAAACAAACGAUGUGCUUCCGGUGUAACGGACCAGCGCGCUGGAUUUGAGCCCCGGAGGAUCGUCGAUAGUUUCUCUGGUUUUACAGGAAUGGACGGUGACAUAGUUGAAAAUGGAAAUCCAAAAGCAGAAAUCCACGUGGAGGUCCAUGUUAAAUCUCACAGCACAGCUAAACUGUCCGAUGUGAAGUUGCACGUUCUGGCUCUCCUGCAUCGCCACAGCAUGGUCUUUGGAAAUUUCAGAUGGACAGAGUUUGAUGAAGACUUCCUACAGAAACAUGUAGAGUCUGUGGUUCUAGCUGAUCUUGACCCAAUGCCCAUUGAUUUGAAGAGUUGCUCUGUCGACAUUCACAUCUUCACUCUGAAUGAGGACGGACCCAGCACGCUGAGUUUGGAGGAGGAUGAGGAGCUUUCAGCAGCCAAUCACUGGUUGCUGCCAGCAGCUGAAUUUCAUGGGAUUUGGGAGAGUCUGGUAUAUGAGAAUGGAGUCAAAACUCAGCUCCUGGAUUAUGUCACAACAACAAUUUACUUCUCUGACAAAAAUGUCGACAGCAACCUGAUUUCUUGGAACCGUGUGGUGCUUCUUCACGGACCCCCGGGCACAGGGAAAACGUCACUGUGCAAAGCUCUUGCCCAGAAGCUGUCAAUCAGAUUAUCAAGUCGGUAUUCCUAUGGGCAAUUUGUCGAGAUAAACAGUCACAGCUUGUUCUCAAAGUGGUUCUCAGAGAGUGGUAAGCUGGUCACGAAGAUGUUUCAAAAGAUCCAACAACUGAUUGAUGACAAAGAGGCUCUUGUGUUUGUUCUAAUUGAUGAGGUGGAGAGUCUGACAGCAGCAAGGAAUGCCUGCCAGGCAGGAACUGAGCCGUCUGAUGCCAUCCGAGUGGUCAAUUCUGUCCUCACUCAACUAGACCAGAUCAAACGACAUUCCAACGUCGUGAUCCUGACGACCUCCAAUGUGACAGAAAAGAUAGACUUGGCGUUCGUGGACAGAGCUGACAUCAAGCAGUACAUCGGACCGCCAUCUGAGGAGGGCAUCUAUAACAUCUACCUCUCCUGUCUGGAGGAGCUGAUGAAGUGCCAGAUCAUCCACCCUCGGCAGCAGCUGUUCACCAUAUUCGAGCUGGAGACGAUGGGCUAUGCAGAGACUGAGGUAUCCGAAUUCAGUCUGAGACUGAGGAACAUUGCUCUAAAAAGCAAAGGUUUGAGUGGAAGAGCACUCAGGAAGUUACCAUUUCUAGCCCAUGCACUGUUCGUUAAGACGCCAACAGUGACUAUUGAGAGGUUUCUGGAGGCAAUGAGCAGAGCGGUGGAUAAACAGAAGGAGGAAAAAGCUAACCUCGUCAACGGUGUCUGAACUUAUUCAAUGCCCAAAGGCUGACACAUGAUUGUUCGCGAUCUCUCAGUCGCAUGUCUUGAUUGUGGCCUGGAAAAUAAACCUUAAUCUGUUCAUUUGGCAGCACUAUGUUGAAUAUAUAUUUGUAAGUAUUGCCCGUUUGGUUUUAAGAUGGAGUACCUAAUGCUUGAAUUUUCUUUGUGCUAUUAAGUGUUUACUCUGUUCUUGCUUUCAAAGUAAUAUUUUUAUGUAACAUGAAGCUUUAACCUUAACAGCGGCGGCUUUUUUUUUCUCAUGCUAAAGGGAUACUUUGAUUUCUAUUUGCAUAAAUUAUUGCCAUUAGCUACCGUAUUGAUAUCACUGCGUACACAUUAGCUCAGUCUGUGGAUUUUGUUUGAGAUAUCCCAUUGAAAUAGCAGCUUGUCGGACAGAAAUGAACAGCAGUCCCAUAAUAGGCCAGAAGCCUCAGUGGACAAGCAUCAAAAAUACAGUGUGCAAUCUUACCACUUUGUGGUUUUGUGUGUUUCUGUUAACUGCUUCUAUUUUCUGCUGUUCAUUUCUAUAAAACAAGUUGCCAGCUCAUGGAAAUACUUCCAUACACAGGAUCUGUAAGAUAGACUAAUGUUCAUGUACGAAACCAGCCUAUGUUGGAAAAAUGUUGUCUUUAAACGUUAAACCACAAAUCCUCUUUAACCUCUGUGUUCAUUACAACUUUAUUUUUACACGUUGCAUUGAAAUAAAGACUUUUGUUUAAGAGA